GUCUAUUAACUUGUUCGAAAACUAUCUGGAGUUGUCAAGGCUCAGGCGGGCAGAGACGAAAAAGUACAGUUGUUGAUGCCUUUUCGGAGAAACGACGGGAGAAGUUUUGUGGACACAACAUAGCAGGGACCUAUUGGGAGAAGCCUCUCUGUCACACACACUCACACACACACUCACCGAGAGGGAGAGAGGGAGAGUGUGUGGAGACGCGGCUUGGCGCUUGUUAUUUUUGUCCAGAGAAAAAGUUGCAGAGAGAUUCGUCAGGUAACUGUUGACUGCAGCUCCUUGCUGUCCUGCCUCUGGCUUGUGGAGUUUGUCUCGGCUGUUUUCCUCUGAUCGGGAGCUCCAACUAAAAGCUGUUCCUGAUGUAUAACAUGAUGGAGACUGAACUGAAGCCCCCAGCUCCCCAGACCAACACGGGGGGCACGGGCAACACCAACACGUCCGGUACCGGCAACAACCAGAAAAACAGCCCAGAGCGGGUUAAGAGACCCAUGAACGCGUUCAUGGUGUGGUCCCGGGGGCAGAGGAGGAAGAUGGCGCAAGAAAAUCCCAAAAUGCACAACUCGGAGAUAAGCAAGAGACUGGGCGCCGAGUGGAAACUUCUGUCGGAGAGCGAGAAGAGACCUUUCAUCGACGAAGCCAAGAGGCUGCGGGCCCUGCACAUGAAGGAGCAUCCGGAUUACAAAUACCGGCCCCGGCGGAAAACCAAGACCCUGAUGAAGAAGGACAAGUACACCUUGCCCGGCGGACUGCUGGCUCCGGGAGGAAACGGGAUGGGAAGUGGGGUCGGUGUAGGGGUGGGGGCUGGACUGGGCGGCGGGGUGAACCAGCGGAUGGACAGCUAUGCGGCUCAUAUGAACGGCUGGACCAACGGGGGCUACGGCAUGAUGCAGGACCAGCUGAGUUAUCAGCACCCGGGGCUGAACGCACACAACCCGAGCCAGAUGCAGUCCAUGCACCGCUAUGACAUGAGCGCACUGCAGUACAACACCAUGACCAGCUCCCAGAGCUACAUGAACGGCUCCCCGACAUACUCCAUGUCCUACUCCCAGCAGACCACGCCCGGGAUGACCGCCCUGAGCUCCAUGGGGCCCUGCUCGGUGGUGAAGUCCGAGUCCAGCAGCUCCAGCCCCCCCGUCGUCACCUCGUCGUCCCACCGGGCCGCCCCGGGCUGCCAAAGCGGAGAUCUGAGGGACAUGAUCAGCAUGUACCUGCCCGGGGCGGAGGUCAGCGAGCAGACCGCCCAGGCCAGGCUACACAUGUCCGGGCACUACCAGAGCACCGUGCCGGGCACGACGAUCAACGGCACGCUGCCGUUAACACACAUGUAAAAGAGACCAAGCAGAAAGAGAGAGAAAGGACUUUUAUAAGAGAAACUGCGGACUACUUAACGUUGGACUAUUUUUGUACAGAAAAAUUUCGGGGUGGGAAAAGUUGUAUAGACAUCUGGAGGAGAAGGACACACGACUCCUUUUUCUUUCAUUUGAUUCCGAGGAAGCUCUAGAGGAACGGUAGGAGCCCCCAGCCUCACUGCUGGAUGAAGUUUGGAAGACUAGAGAGUGGGAGUCGCAAUCAGAUGUUUUAUUAGUGCAAACACCUUUUGUAUAGUAUUUAUCAAAGGAACAUUACAAUCAGAUGAAAAUGUUUGUUAAACUGCAAGAGUUUGCAAUUUUCUUUUCUUUUUUAUAUAAAGCAGCGCCAGUUCUGCAGAAAAUAUUAAAAGUGAAAAAUGGCAGAACUGGAUUUAUAUGGGAGCGAUCAGUUAUGCUCCUUUAUUACAGCAGACAUUGGAAAGAAAAGGGACAUAAAACGAAGCAGUUCCUGCCGAUGGCCCAUCAAGCCAAAGUUUGUUGCCUGUUUCCAAAAAGGGGGAAGAUUUUUCCACCAAAAUGUCCAACAUCCUCAGGUAUAGACUGUCAUUUCUCCUCAU